UUAGGCUUGACUGUAUUUCUUUUUUGCCAUAAUGAUAACUCAAUGGAUGUUUGGGCUGUGACACUUUUAUUUUCAUAGUGAAUUAAAUGAGUGUUUUUGUUUUGAUCGUACAUCGAUGAGAUUCAAUAAUGGGGCAAACACUCUCUGCUGAUGGAGCAGAUACUCGGGACAAUGCCCACAAAACCAUUUCAAUCGAAAUUCCGCCAAAUGAGACAGCUAGUGAUGAUAAAAGCGAUCAAAUGCCGGAUCGAGAUGAAGUUAAUGCGAGAUUUAAUGAAGUCAUAGCAUUAAUGGAUUUACCUCCAGACAAGGCCAAAGCGCUUCGAUCCUAUGAUAUCGAGAGAAAAUGGGAGAUGAUCAGAGACCAAGAAAAAGUUACAGCCAAAGAAUCGCCAGAAUUUUAUUUGAGAAAACUGCGAGCCUAUUUGGAUCCAAAAGCGAGUCGGAGUUCAAAGAAACGACGGAUUGUCGGUGAUUCAACAUCAACUCAAGUUCUUCGUGAUUUAGAAAUCUCAUUGAGAACUAAUAAUAUCGAAUGGGUUCGCGAAUUUUUAUCCGAGCGAAACAGAGGCUUGGAUGUUCUCAUCGACUAUUUAACCUUCAGAUUAACUACUCAACAGCAGCAACAAAAACUUGCUCAAUCAGCCAACAAUCGAUCUCCUGAUGGGGGAAACGGUGAUAACUUGUCAGAAUCUAAUUUGAAAAAUCUAACUUCAACCCUUAAUUCUUCUCAGACCAUCCGCCCAACGCAGAAUUUAUUCCGGAGACCCUCUUUAUUCCGCUCUUUCAAUAAAAGCAAAUUAGGAAAUGUUGAUGGUGAUGUCCAUGUUUCUAUAAUGUGUAUGAGGGCCAUAAUGAACAAUAAGAAUGGUUUCAAUAUGAUUAUGGAACACCCCUAUGCAAUUAAUUCAAUUGCAUUGAGCUUAAAUCACCAAAGUUUAAGGACUAAAUCAUUGGUCUUGGAGCUUUUGGCAGCCAUUUGUCUGGUCAAUGGAGGGCAUCAAUUAAUAUUGAACGCGUUUGAUAACUUUAAAGAAGUCAUGGGAGAAUCAAGACGUUUUCAAACUUUAAUGAACUAUUUUACUAAACCUGAAGUAUUCAACAUAGAUUUUAUGGUAGCCUGUAUGCAAUUUAUAAAUAUUAUUGUUCAUUCAGUUGAAGAUAUGAACUUUCGAGUUCACCUUCAAUUCGAAUUUACUCAACUAGGAUUAGACGAUUAUUUAGAGAAUAAGCUACGUAAUACCGAAUCUGAGGAUUUAUCUGUUCAAAUUCAAGCUUAUUUGGAUAACUUUUUUGACGUUGGUGCUCUCAUGGAGGAUGCUGAGCAAAAAAAUUUAGCUACUGAUAGAGCUCAAACUUUAGCCUUGCAAUUAUCUCAUUCUAAUGAAAUAGCUAAAGAAUUAGAAACUAAAUACAACGAACUGGUGCUACAAUAUUCUGUUUUGGAACAAGAUUAUAAAUCAGCCAGUGAAGAAAAUCACCAUUUAUCUGAAGAACUAUCAACUUUAAGAAAAACUAUUCAAAUGAGAGAAGAAGAGUCCAGACGGAGACAAUCUCUUUUAGAAUCAAAGAUUAUGCAAUUAGAGUCCAGGACAAUGAACGGACAAACUUCACCCAAAGAUGAUUCAGAGAAAGCUCCCAUGAAAACUACAGCAACUUCCCCUAUGACACCACCAGAGAGUGGAGUGAAAACACCUGCCGCAGUAGCUGCUCCACCACCACCACCUCCACCACCACCGCCUCCGCCGCCGCCACCACCUCCUCCUCCCCCACCUUCAAGGAGUGUAGCACCUCCGCCACCACCUCCACCUCCAAUGAAUGCUCAAAAUCCUGGAAUGAUGACCAUAAAACAAUCUUUUGCCACUCGUUACAAACUUCCGACACUGAAUUGGAAUGCCUUGAAGCCAGCUCAAGUCAAAGGAACAAUUUUCCAAGAAUUUCAUGCUGAGGACCGAAUCAUCAAUUCAAUCAAUUUCGAAGAAUUUGAAGAGCAAUUUAAACUGGGUCCUAAGCCUGAACUUGCUCGAAAAGGUUCAAAUCCUCAAGUUGCUGCUCAGAAAAAGUUCAAGACAAAUGAGAAAACAUCUCUAUUGGAGCAUAACAGACUUCGAAACAUGGCCAUAUCACUCCGUAAAGUCAAUAUUGAUACGGAAACAGUCAUUAAAGCAAUUAACUCGUUCGACAUUGAUACGCUCACAUUAGAGUAUAUUGAAAUAUUGUUACGAAUGAUACCAAAUCCUCAAGAGAUCCAAGCUUACCGAGAAUUUGAACGAUCUGGUCGAAGUAUUGAUGAAAUGACGGAUGAAGACAAGUUCCUUUUCAAAAUUUCUAAAAUAGAAAGACUUGAACAAAAAUUAAAAAUUAUGUCCUACAUGGAAACCUUGAUGAAACCAGAGCCUACUCCAGGAAUAUCUGGUAAACCAUCAUUUGGUGUUACCCUUAAUGUAAUAAAAGUUUGGCGAACUCGUAUCAUUGCAAUUACAGAGGCAGCUCGAGCUUUAAGAACAUCAACAGGCAUUCGGACUGUUCUUGAAUAUAUUCUAGUUUUUGGUAAUUAUCUCAACUCGGCAACCCGAGCUAUGGCUGCUGCUGGUCAAGCAUAUGGAUUUAAAUUACAAAAUUUGGAACUAAUUGUUGAAACCAAGUCAUCAGCGGAUCGAUCUCGAUGUUUACUUCAUUAUGUAGCUGAAUGUAUACAACGUAAUGUUGAAGGUGAAUCUGGUUUGAGUGAAGAGGAAAGAUUGUACAAAACAUUAGCCACUUUAUCUCCAACAACGGCCACUAAAAAGUUUGCCGGUCCUAAUAGUCUUCUCUCUGGUCUUGAUGUUUCCAUUGAAUCAAUCAAAUUACCCUUUGAUUUGGAAACAUUAUUAAAUCUUCUUGAAAGUGUGGCAACCAAUGCUACACUGGAAACCUGUGCAUCUGAAGUUUUUGAAUUAGAAAAAGGAAUGGAAUUAGUUAAGCGGGAGUUACAAUUAAGAUCUUCGCAAAAAGAUCCCGCUACUCAACGUUUACAAAAUUUUGUUGCUUCCAAAUCAACUGAAUUGUCCAAUUUAAAGGAGGACUUACGACGAUCUCAAAGUGAAUAUAGUAAUUGUGUAGAAUAUUUUGGUGAAAACAGUAAAUUAUUGGAAUCGUCGUCUGCAUUCUUCAACAUAUUUGCCAAAUUUUUAAAACAUUAUAAACAGUGUCUUCGUGAUAUUAAGAUUAAUCAGAAAAAGAAACUUGAAGCCUUGAUACAAGCCAAAAUUCAAGAACAUCAAAACCAGAAUAAAACUUCACCAGAAAAGGAAGUUUCCUCGCAAGAGACUAAAGUAAGAGAUAAAAGAUUAUUAAAACAGGAUGAAGUAUACAAUGGAGCUUUAGAAGACAUUCUGUUGAGUCUUAAAAAUGAACCUUACAGACGGGAAGAUGCUGUUAGACGUAGUCAAAGAAAAAAACAAGCAAACGCAAGACCUCAGAGUCACAUCUCUGAAAUGGAUGUGUGACCUUCUCUAAUUAAUUGUUAAAUGGAAAUCGAGUGUUCCUUCAUCGCAUCAUAACUCUAAUCUCAUCCAAUACAAAGUUAAAGCCAACAUCAAAUAGAUGAAAAAUGCAAACUAUGAAUCCGCACACACACAAAGGAAAGAACCAUCUUAACUUACAAAUCAAGCUAUAAAUUUUUCUGUCAACCCAUUUCAUUUUAGUGUGUAUAAAUUACCUAAUUUUUUUGUAAACAAUUAUUUUAAAAAUAUCAAAUCUUUUAUAAUAAAAAUUGAAUUUAUCUGCAA